AUGAGAUUCAUUUACGCUUCCGCUUUGCUUUGUGCCGUCGCCGCCGAGGCCUCGCCGCACAACCACCGCCACCUGCACCACCGCCAUCAUGACAAGAAGGAUGUGCACGAGAAGAGAGGCGGCAAGUGCCAGUUUCCCAGUGAUGCUGGCUUGGUGUCCGUCACCCCAGGCUCCAUGAACCGUGGCUGGGCCAUGAGCCCUGAUCAGCCUUGCGAGCCGGGCAACUAUUGCCCCUACGCUUGUCCUCCCGGCCAGGUGUCGAUGCAGUGGGACCCGGAAGCAACCUCGUAUCCCUCUCCAUUAUCUAUGAACGGUGGUCUCUACUGCAAUGAGGAUGGCGAAAUCGAGAAGCCCUUCCCUAACAAGCCCUACUGCUCGGACGGUACUGGGGCUGUGAAGGCCCAUAACAAGGCCGGCGGUCAGGUCUCGAUCUGUCAGACCGUCUUGCCCGGUAAUGAGGCUAUGCUGAUUCCCACCCUGGUUGAAAGCGUGGCAACUCUUGCUGUGCCGGAUCCCAGCUACUGGUGUGAAACUGCUGCCCAUUUCUACAUCAACCCUCCUGGAACGAGCCCCGAGACUGGUUGCGUUUGGGGUACUUCGUCCGAGCCUGUGGGUAACUGGGCUGCCUACACUGCAGGUGCAAACACCGAUAGCACUGGGAAUACGUUCGUCAAGAUUGGGUGGAACCCGGUCUACAUGGAGCCAAACGUCUUGUUCCGCAAAACGAGACCUGACUACGGAAUUGAAGUCGAGUGUGAGGGUGGCAACUGCAACGGUCUCCCAUGCAAGAUCGACCCGGCUGUGAAUGACGUGAACGAGGUGUCGGGCUCUUCAACCGAUGAUGUGGGUACUGGCGGCUUCUGUGUUGUUACCGUUCCCAAGGGCGAGACGGCCAGGAUUGUCAUCUUUGACGGCUCCGGUGGUAGCGGUGGCAGCAGCGAUGACGACGAGGAAGAGAGCACCAGCACUGCCGAGCCGACUUCGACAUCCACCAGCACCUCUUCCUCGACGACCUCUUCGUCCACCACCGAGGCUCCUACAUCCACCAGCACCGUCACCAGCAGCAGCAGCAGCAGCUCUACCACCCACGCAGCGACUUCAUCCACAGAGUUGAUCUCCUCGAGCUCCACGCAACAGACCCCCUCUGGCUCCAGCAGCAGCGGCUGGCCCGACUACACCUACAGCCCACAUGUGUUUGUCGAGACUGGCGCCCGCGCAGCCCCUGCCUCUUCGACCAGCGCCGCUGAAGAAGAAAACCCCAGCCCGACGUCGAGCGCUCAAAAGAACAGCCAGAACGCGAUGAUUGCCCUCCUUGCCGUCGUUGCCAUGGCUGCGUUUACAUUCUAG